AUGGGGAGGCCGCCGUGUUGUGACAAGUUGAACGUGAAGAGAGGGCUUUGGACCGCCGAGGAGGAUGCCAAGAUCCUCGCCUAUGUCUCCGCCCAUGGCACUGGCAACUGGACUCUUGUCCCCAAGAAAGCCGGUCUGAACAGAUGCGGCAAGAGCUGCAGGCUGCGGUGGACUAACUACCUGAGGCCUGACCUCAAGCAUGAGAGCUUCACCCCUGAAGAAGAGCAGCUCAUCAUCGACUUCCAUAAAGCCAUCGGAAGCAGAUGGUCUAUGAUUGCGAGGCAACUGCCGGGAAGAACAGAUAAUGAUGUGAAGAACUACUGGAACACGAAGCUGAGGAAGAAGCUCGCCAAGAUGGGAAUCGAUCCCGUGACCCACAAGCCCAUCCCUCAGGUGAUGUCCGAAUAUGGAAACAUUAACCGGCUUCCGGACUCCACCUCGUUGGUCAGAUCCACUGCCAGAUCAGCUCCCAGAUCACCAUCUUCGAUCCUCCCUCGACUUCCCAUGAUCAAUCAUAUGACAAGGAACCAUAAUUCUAGCCAAAAACCGAACUCGUUGGCAGGGCAACCCGAUCAGAAUUUGUGGCCUGGCAUCAGCGCUGCUGCUUGGGACCAGCUUCUGCGUCAGUUCCAAGAGAACAACAUUGACCAAGAAACUAUGCGGCAGCCACAGCAUUUCAUGAAUGAGGUCACGUCCUCCUCUUCUUCUUCUUCUUCCUCAACUGUGACCACACAGCUCCUCAACUCUUCAAGCCCGGGCUCUUUUGGAUCAUCUCAGGCCCACAUUCCCCGCCCUCCAUUCACUCGCCCCGAUCUACUCCCCAGCGAUCCACUUGCGCUUGGUGUGGACCUGCAGAAGCAGUGCUCGAGCUUCCAAUCAGGAAUCUUUACGCCCGGUGCUGGCCACGAGCCUCCAAGUCUGACAGAAGAUCAAGCGUGUGUGGGUAUCUCAACCCUCGGGAAUGGACCUGCUAGGGACAUAACUGCGUACAACACAGGCGUUCCACCUUAUCAAGCAGCUCCUGGGGAUCAGCUGAAUCAUUUGUAUGAAGCUGCUUCUCCCGGUAACUCCUUCAUCGAUUCAAUUUUGGAUAGAGACAGCCAGAUUCGACCAGACUUCCCUGAACUGUUGGAUGGGUUUUUCGACUACUGAGAGAUUUGGUGGGACAUAGAGCCAUGCAUAGAAAGGUAGAGAGAGCUAGAGAGAACGAAUAACACUUGUACUCUUCAAAGCUGCAACCAACAUGAACAAAAUACCAGACAGCAUUCAAGAUAAGCUGCUCAGACGUGACAUCUGCGACGGCUCAUUAUCGCAUAUUCUGACAUUUUGAAAUGAGAAGUUCUCCUCAAUCAAAAAGAGUAACCCAAGGGGUAAAAGGGAGUAUUCCGCAGAAACUUAUUUUUACAACUCACGUCGAGACCUAAAUCAGAAGAAAGCAAUGCCUCCUUCCAAUCUCUUAAGUUGGGAAAAUGAAAACAAAAGAAAAAAAAAAAA